GAUGCGAUGCUUGCCUGUCCUGCGCCACGAUAACCCCGAUUCUCCCAGUUCGUUUUGUCUAUAGAAACGGCCUUGAAUAAAUGUCUUCUACCGCUGGACUACCCGAUACCACACAAGAGGGUAGCGCGUGCUUCUGGAGAAGCCGGGGAAGCUAAGGUGCCGAUGGCCACCCAAGGGAGCCCUGGCUCAACGACAACGUCGCCUCUAAAGAACUUUAAUGGCGAAUUCCUCGGAUACACCGUCGUAACUGGAGUCUUGGCUGUCUUCUUCUUGUUAUACUUCAAUAGAGUAGUUGCCUCGAUUGUCUCCUCCGUUAUUCGCACGUAUACAUGGCAUCGAUAUCGUAUCUAUAUCGACAUCCAGGCCCUCCAAUUAUCACUGCUCGGCGGCCGUCUCUUCUUCACUGGUCUGCGGUAUCAUGGCAAUAACGAAACCAUACUCAUCCAGAAUGGCCACAUCACUUGGUCAUACUGGCUACGCAGGGUUCGCGAUGCGCAGGUCUAUGAUGCCAAAAAUGGGUCCAGGGUUGACGUGGAGGAUACUGUUUCCAAUACCAGUGAUAAAAAGCAAAAGCUGCCAUGCCGUAUCAAUAUUGCAGUGUCUGGUUUGGAAUGGUUCGUGUAUAAUCGCAGCGCCGCGUAUGAUUCGAUCCUCAAUGCCAUGACCGACGCUACGGGUGAGCCUCUACUACACGGUGAUAAAAACGACAUUGAGGGUAGGGGCAAUAAUGACGGCGAUGUUAAAACAAGCACAGACGACGUGUAUGUGGGUGAAUUCAAGGAGAACCAGCCACGGCGGCGUAAACUCACCAAGGGAUCGAACAUCGAUAAGGAGGAUCGAGAUAUGGAAGGGAGUGUCGAUGGCGACGAGAAAAACUCCACCGAAAUUAGAAAUCCUGUGGCCCCUGAAAGUGUAUCCAGCUCCAUGGAUAGAAGCCAGGUAGGGGCUGAGGAUACCCUUCCAUUGAUGUUGCAAUUUUACCCGGUACAUUUUGAAUGCGAUAGAGGUGCUUUGGUCAUGGGAAAUGACAAUACCAAAAGUCUGCUCAUCGUGAAAGCUAAGGGCUUUUCUGGAGAGGUUGAUGCUACGGAAUGUCAAACAGUUGACCCCUAUAGACAACUUUUCGAAAUUAGUUUCGAUCACCCGGUACUUGAAAUGGUGGAACACAAUGGUUACAAAGAGGACCAACUGUCUCGCGCUGUGAGGGAGAAGCAAGCAGCUUUAGAUUCCCGCGACGUUCAUCAGCCAUCGUUUCUCCGUAGACAACGCCGCAAGGCUCUUGGAAAGCUUCGAAAUCUUGUGCCUUAUUGGAGAAAAUCUGUGGAGUCUUUCUCGGUAGACUCCCGAACCGGCACCGCACCUGCAGAGCCACCUAUCCCUGGGUUGACACAGUGGCAGGGCCUUUCUCGCUACCUGAACGUUGAUGAUGAGGAUGAUAAGUCGAAAUGGUCAUCUAUCGAGUAUGCUGCGGCUCACACUGUAGUGGAUAGUCCUGCCGGGACCUUGAAAAUUUAUUGGGACGUCCCAUCAAAGGUGCGGAAGGAUGCACAGUCUCGACCUCCUAUAGACUCGAAUGAUCCUAAGUAUAUCAACGGAGACACGCCGCCUGCUUGGGCAAUUAGUUUAGACCUCAAAGGAGGUAUAAUCAACUAUGGCCCGUGGGCAGACAGACAACGGGCCGAAUUACAGAGAGUCUUUUUUCCUGGGCUCUGUAAAGAUGCUGUUCCAGCUCGACAACUGCCUAUUGGAGCAGAUCGCGUGCCCACAGUCUUUAAUUUUUACCUGGAGCUUAGCGACGAAGCUAUACUCAGAAUACCUACACGAGAAAGUUCUAAAAAUUGGAAGUGGAAAAAGGAAGGGUCUGCCACGAAGCAACAACGGGAACAUGGUCAGCAACGUGGCCGUGGCCGAGGUCAUGGCCAAAAGUCUACAGCUACUACGCCGGCGGAGCAGCGUCCGUAUGGUUGGCUCGACAUCAAAAUUGGUAUGAACGCCACAGUUUCGUAUACGAUGGAUAUGCUGGCGAAAUCAACGGGAUACCAUAAUGUCCUAAAGAUUGACUUGCCUUCAACUGAGGUAUCCACGAGCGUCAAUCACGGUUUAAUGUGGCGGUCCGGUACUCAAAAAAUUACAUGUGAUCUAUCUACGCCUUUGAAAUGGAAUGGCCUUCGCACAUGGCGAUUCAACAUUGAUAGUGACGGGAUGGAGCUCUUUAUCUUGCGUGAGCACACAUUUCUGUUGAUUGACCUUAUUGACGACUGGGGGACUGGCCCGCCAUCCGAAUACCUGCUCUUCACCCCCUUCAAGUACUUGUUAAACUUGACUCUCCGUAAUCUCAAACUUUACCUCAAUGUCAACGACGUCAACAUUAUCAACGACCCUGUGAGUAUGGACGAGAACACAUUCCUUAUUCUAUCUAGCCCCUGUCUAAAGGUAGACACUCCCAUUGAGCUUGAUACAUACCGCCCGCUCAAUAACGUGGUACCUUUCAAGAUCGAAACAGAGACACUAGGGUUUGCAUUGCAUACACCUACGUGGAAUACACAAGCGACUUUCCUGGCGUCUACAGAUAUUGGAAGCCUAGAAAAGCUUACAGUUGAUGCACGCUAUUAUUAUAAUACAACCACAUCGCCUGCUAAUACUGAUACCCUCGUUCUAAACGUCACCGCGCAGUCGCCAACAUUCCAUUUGUAUGGCUUCCUCAUCCGCUACUUUCUCUUGUUGAAAGAUAAUUAUUUCGGAGACUAUGUACAUUUCAAGACACUAGACGAAUAUCAACAGACUCUCCGAGUUGAUACUCAUGGCUCCAAUGUGCAAGCAGCAAGUCGUCCUCCACCUAAGAAGUCAAAUGAUUUAGAUGUAAUGCUAUCAAUACACGCCGAUGAUCCAAGGAUUAUUCUGCCGGCGAACUUGUAUUCGGCAAAGCGUCACAUUGCUAUUGACGCUGCGUCGUUAGCCGUUGAUCUCCGAUUCACGAACUACUAUAUGGAUCUCGAUUUGUGUCUUACACCUCUAAGCCUCUCUAUGGGAGAUGAAGAAGGAGGCGCCGUACGCCCCGCGAGUUCCACAACAAAAACACAACUUUUUAUUGACGGGCUUGCCGUUUAUGGUCAUCGCCUUUUUGGUCUACCUCCUUCUGAGCCUACCUAUCUGUGUAAUUGGGAUCUGAAUAUCGGAGCGGUUACUGGAGAAUGUUCAGCCGAGUUCAUGUCGACACUUGCUCAGGGAGGAAAGGCUUUCGGCUUUUCGCUUGACGACGACGAGAACGCCUUGCUUACACCAGCUGUAGUGUACGAUGUUACAUUCUUGCGUCUUUAUGUCGAAUCUGUCUAUAUUUGGUUACACGUCGAAGGCUCUGCUUUCUUGUGCUCAACUGGAGAUAUCAAAAUACAUUAUAACGAUUGGGCAAGGACUCAUUAUUCUAGGCGUGCCGAUAUCUCUAUCGCUCGUCUCGAGUUCUCAUGUAUCCAGUCAGAGUCCGUGGCGAGGCAGAAUUCAAAACUACAGCCUCGCGUAGCGACAGAUCUUGUUUUACGGACCAACUUUGAGUUCGCCCUUGUCGGUAGGAAGUAUGAUUUUGCCAAUGUGAGACAAUUACAGCAGGAGCUCGUUCGGCGUCAUGACCAACGGACCCAUAGAACGGACUUCCUCCUAAUACCAGGCUUACUCGAAGAUUUGCAGCCAGACUUUGUAGAACCUAUUGCUCAAAGUGUUCCCGGAGUUCCACAACCGGUCAUAUCUUCUGCUGCUCAUCUUGAUGAUAGGUCGUCAACCUUGUCAACCAACUCACACGUCUCAAGACGUCUUCGCCAUAAGAGUUCAUUUCUUUCCGUCGCAAGCUCGAGUGUAGCAGGUAGUAUACGUCGAGGGGUCUCAAAAGGCUCGGCCUCUGCUGCGCGUUCUUUUACUUAUUCGGGUUCCUCUCGUGUCUCUAGAAAUGGACUGAGAAGCCAUACUUUCCAUGACUCCUCAUCCAAUCGACGUUCGCUAUGGGGAGAUCGCCUAGGCAGCGCGAGUACAGACGCAGUGCAAAGAGCUAUCACAUUCACAAGUCAAUUCUGUGCGCCAUACUUUCCACUAGAAGCUACUCAGCUAGACCAUAUGGAUGAUCCAGCGCAAAGCAUUCAUCAUGGUCAUCAUGGCAGAGGGCCGAGUGAUUCCAAUUUCGGUUUGGAGGAUCUUGACCCUGAGCAGUUUUCACAAGAUCGUUCCCAUCAAAGCCUACUUUUUGACUUUCCCUCAGGUAUACAUCUCGCUUUAAACACUAGAUCAGUGCGUUGCAUAGUGGCUCUUCUUCGAGCAUUUCAACCGGCUCAACCGGAAGAUGUCCUUGACUCUUUGCAGAUUGGGGCAAUGUCAGACAUCUUCGCGAUGCAAAAGCAAGAGAAAAUCGGUGGUGCCAUUACAGAUGUUAUCCUACGAUUACCCCACGCCACUGCAUGUUUUGUAGACAACUCGCAUGUGGAUGACGCGACAUCGCAACACCAGGACCAAUAUGAUAUAUCGUUGGAAGACUUAGCGUUCGCUAUUCGAUCCGAAAAACACAAUGACACGCAUAGUAAUAUUCCUGUACCGAAAAAGCCUUCAUCCUCAUUCCAUUUCCAACUUGCUGCCGUCACUCUUACUGCCUCUGAAAGACUAGCUGACUUGGGUAAGACGCAAGGAGCUGUAUUACUUAAGGUAGAGAGAGUGAUCGCAGUAAUGGGCUCGAAGGAAGUUAAUUAUUUAGAUGUUGAUAUGGGUGCAGUCAACCUCAAGACCUCACCGGAGCGCAUCCAGUAUCUUGCCUCUUUAACUAAUAGGGCAAGCUCACUCGCUUCAGGAAUGGGAACACUCUUUUCAACUUUGUCAGUUGCUGAUGAGCGCUUGAAAUACUUUACGCACAGCGUCACCAUGGAGGGCCAGCAUGUGGGGGAUCCAUCUUUCGUCGUAAGACCCUCAGCUGUUCUAAGGGCGGCUAGGAGACACUUGAGGACCUAUGAUUCAUGGAAAUUGAUUACUCGACUACGAUACAUGUGGGUCACUCUUGCAUCAGGCUCUCAAACAAGAAUCGGCCGAAAAUGUCUCAAUGGCUCCAUGGAAGUGCCAUCAGAUGUCAGGGAGCAGGUUAUAGCCACUUUCGACCAUUGGAGAAGCUGGGAUCUCGACGACAUGAGCCAAGCAGUAGUCUUAGACAACAUUUUCGGAAAGCAUCUUGAUGAAGCGUCCAAUUGGGAUGAUAUUCCAUGGAUGGCUGUAGGCAGAGUCUACGAGCUACGACUUAGCCUUGAUCCGAGUCUGAAGAGCAAUCAGAUUGUGCUUUUAGAUCUCACAGCAAGGCUUAACAAUAGGCAUAACGUUGAAGAGAACCCUAGACAAUCCCCUGCAUUUGGAGGACCACUCACACUUGUCAAUUUGUAUUGCGGAGAAAUUGAUGUAAACCUCAACUGGGAGCUGACUGAGCUCGUGGACCAACUUUUGCCUAUAUAUUUGGCAGCAGGGGCUCUGUCACCCCAAGUUAACUCACCCGUUAACCGAACAGUACUGACACAUGACCAAUCAUCUCGCUCGCUGCACUUUGUGUUUGCGAUGGGCAAAGGGGCGAUAUCGCUUGAUACCAUUAACCUGACAAUUCAACCUCGGUGUGAAAAUCUCAAGUUGUCGGUAGUAUAUGGGUGUACGAAAUCGCUUAUCGUGGAGACUGAUGUUGCAGUCAGUUGCGAUGCUGCCGGGCUUAACGUCCUUAGUCACUCGCAAGGGCUGGUAACUACUCGUCUUACUAAACCGAGCGUUAUUAUCUCGCAUGAGUCACUGCUCACAGGCGACUCCCUUGGCCAUACGAUCAGAGCGGCAGCGAGCAGUCACGGCCUUGAUGUUGUCAUUUUACAGGACCCUAUAGUGCUCGCUGAGGUCGCAGAUUUAUUAAUCAUAGAUGAAGUGAACCGGAUUAAUGAACUUCAGAAAAGGCUGCCUAAAUCUUCUUCAGCAUCAGCCCCCAAGCCAUCAACUAAUGACUCCUCCUCGACUGUCUCUUUCAACUUGGCCAUGUUUUUAGACUCGUACAGCAUCACUUUACCACUUCUGCGCUCGUUAACAUACAUCAUUACUGGUACCGUUUCACGUGCAACUGUUGCUGCUCCUGCUGGCAAACACAUUACAUUUGAUUUUGAUGUCAAAGAGAACUCCCAUGAUAUGCAAAUCAGGGGUAAUAGCUCCUCAAAAAGUAUUUCUUUACUUCAGAUACCUCCCAUGAAUGGUCGAAUAAUCAGUCAAAAUACGGUUGGAGAACGUUCAGUUGAAGUCUUUGCCUCUUUAGAGCUCGUCGAACUUGAUGCAUCUGCUGUGUACAGUCUUCUCACAGCGCUCAACCGCCCCGAAAUCUCCAGUACCAUCAGUGAGCUCCAGCAACAGGGCAAGGUCAUACAAAACCACUUAGAUGAUGUUUUUGGACCAUCGACACCUGAGCCUGCUUCAUUAAAUAAUGACGACCCUAAUGUGGUAUACAAUGUCCAUGCGACGUUGGCGGGAGUCAAGAUCUCGGGAAAUGCACCGAUCAAGUCAGAUCCCAAGUAUUUUGCCCAUCUCUCGUUUUCCCUCGACCGCGUUCACGUCAAGGUGACGAACAAGCUAGAUCAAUCUGCCAUACUAGACAAUCCGGAGGUUCAUGUUAACAUCCGAAAUAUCAGCUUUGAUAUUAUGAAAGGAGUUGAAGAAGACCUGAAGUCUUGCGGCAAUCUUGCUUUCGGGGCCCUUAUUACUGCUUCUACCCGAGAGCUUGAGGACGGCAUCCUAUUAAGAGCUUUUGACUUCACAUCAGAUGGUUUCUCGGUCAACCUCUCAGCUGACACAGUGUCUACCGUUGUGGAUGUCUUAGGAUAUAUGGGUGAUAAGUUCCAGAGGCUGGAUACGUCGCGCGAACUCGAAUAUUUGCGAAAACUAAGACAAUCGAAACCGCGUAUAGCCAUUAACGAUGACGCACCGGAGACUGAAAGCGACAUAUUCGAUUCAUUUUUGGCAUCAGUUAUGUACUCAUUCCGCAUCCGCAACGUUCAAAUAGGCUGGCUUGUUGCUGGUAUCCCAAAUCAAGCAACCAAAAGCCAAGAAGACCUUUGCUUAUCUGUGAAAUUGAUCGAAUUUGCAACUCGUAAGCAGAAUUCGGCCAGGUUGACUAUCGAGGAUCUCCAACUUCAAAUGGCACCGCCGCAAUGGGAUAAAUCUAGACGCUCAUUGAAUUCCGCGUUAUUGCCCGAGAUGGUGUUUAACGUAGCAUUUAUCUCCACCACGGACGCUCGACGACUUGCUUUCCAAGCAGUCGGAAAAUCAUUGGACGUCCGCCUAACAUCUGCAUUCAUCGUGCCGGCUGCACAAAUCAAAGACUCCAUUACAUUAUCCAUUGACAAUGCCCAACGUGCCUCGCAGCACUGGACACCCGUCGUGGCACGAAAUGAUGAUGCAAAUAAGUCGGAAAAGAACACAGCCGAGCCACGAGGAUCUCUGUUUGGAAGGAAAAGGCUAGAGUCUGUACUACUUGACGCUGACUUCGCGGGUGCUGUGGUGCAUCUAUCUGGGCAAGCCUCCGAAAAGUUUCCUCUGGAUCCAGCUAAUCCAAAAACCACUCGUCAUGCGUUAGCCGGAAAGUAUGGUCAGUUUAAUGCGAGUGAGACUGGGACUACUCCUGAGCUCCGAACUCCUGGUUUGGCGUGGAAAGCCGAAUAUAGGGAUGACGGAAAAGAAGUUGCUACGCUACACGGUGAAAUCAAAAUCGAGCCAUCCCGUAACGCGCUGGGCCCAACCGUUGUGCCUCUUAUCUUGGAUAUAUCGUCGAGCAUCAAGGAGGUUGUUAGUGAUAGCCCUUCUGACGUUUCAGCGACAGAACAAAAAUCGGCUCCUAAAUCGAAAUCAACUGAAGAUGACAACAUCCUUAAUGCCGAUCCAAAUAAGGUCCUAGGUCGUGUCAAAUUGAACCUUGGUUUACGCAUUUGUAAGCAAGAGCUUACUCUCAGUUGCCAACCUAUCGGUAGGGUUGCCGCAACGGCGAGGUUCGACGACAUUUACGUAACUAUGAAUACGGUCCAUUCAGUCGAGCAUGGCAAUUUCUUCACAUUAUCUGGAACUUUCAGCAGGAUUCAUCUGGCCGUGCAGCAUGUGUAUUCUCGAGAAUCCACUGGUAGCUUUGACGUCGAUUCCAUUGUGCUCUCGUUAAUGAACAGCAAGCAUGUCAGCGGCACGAGUGGGCUCUCUGCUAUCAUCAAAAUGAGCCCUAUGAAGGUUGCCAUCAAUGCCAGACAGGUCCACGAGUUCCUACUUUUCCGCGAAAUCUGGUAUCCAAGAGAGAUGAGACAAGGCUUAGCGGCGCCGGUAGCUAAGGAAAUGAAAGAGGCGGCUUCCCAAGCUCAUUUAGUUCAAAGAUAUCAGCAGGUAGCUGCAACGGCAGCAUUUCCGUGGACGGCUACAGUCUCCAUCAGUGCCCUAGACGUCGCCAUUGACCUCGGUCCAUCACUUGGAAAGCCUGAGUUGGCCAUCAAGGAAUUCUGGGUAUCUUCUAAAAAAACCUCGGAUUGGGAACAGAAUCUGUGUUUAGGAUUUAAGGAGAUCGGCAUAACCUGCGAUGGUCGUUUAGGUGGGUUUGUUGCCCUCCGUGAUUUCAAGCUCCGCACUUCCAUAGAAUGGCCAGAGCGGGAACAAGCUUUGAAUGAAACGCCCAAAAUCCAAGCAUCAGUCGGUCUUAGCGAGUUCAAACUGAAGGCUGCUUUCGACUACCAAGCUUUCCUCGUGGCGGACAUCACCACUAUGGGGUUCCUUAUGUAUAAUGUCCGUCAACAUGCAGGUCCUGCGGGUGAUCGCCUCGUAGCUACAUUUGACGGGGAGGCCGUACAAGUUUUUGGUACUACCGCAUCAGCGGCUCAAGGUGCGGCUUUGUGGAAGGCUGUCCAGAAAUUUAUCCAGGAACGUAAAGCGAACUACGAGGCAUCAUUGCAAGAGAUUGAGAAGCAUAUGGAGCGGAAGUCUAUAAUCAGCCAGGCUGUGACAACAGCCGUUCCUUCCAGUGGAGGUGAGACGACUGAGAAGGCUGCUAAGUCACCCAUAUCCUUAGAUACCGACGUAGUAGUUACGCUCAGGGCACUCAAUUUGGGCGUUUUCCCAGGCACCUUCUCUGACCAUCAAGUUUUCAAACUCGAGGCGCUCAAUGCGCGAGCAAGGUUCGCGGCGAACAUGGAAGGGCAGCGCAUUCACAGUAUUCUGGGACUUACCCUUGGUCAGCUGCGGAUCGGGCUCGCCGAAAUCCGGGGACCCGAAGCGCCUAGGACUCUCAAAGAUAUUCGGGUUGAGCAUAUAGUAGAGAACGCCACAGGCUCGCGUGGCGGGACAAUCCUCAAAGUGCCCAAGGUCGAAGCAGUGAUGGAAACGUGGCAGAGAGCGCAGUCCCGAAGUAUCCAGUACAAGUUCAAGAGCGCCUUUGAGGGUAAGGUGGAGGUGGGAUGGAAUUACUCUCGCAUCAGCUACAUCCGUGGCAUGUGGGCCAAACAUUCGCGACUCCUUGCACAGGCUUGGGGCCGCGAGCUCCCGACCAUGUCAGCCAUCAAAGUCACGGGUGUGCCGGAAUCAGAGCAGGAGAGGAAGAAUGGCGAACAACAGAAGAUUACAGCUGAGGUUAAUGUUCCUCUGUCUAAGUAUGAAUACGAGGCGCUCGAGCCGCCAGUCAUCGAAACGCCGCAGCUACGAGACAUGGGAGAGGCUACGCCACCCCUCGAAUGGAUUGGGCUGCAUAGAGACAGGCUGCCUAACCUCACACAUCAAAUUGUUAUCGUUGCCCUGCUUGAGCUGGCGGGCGAAGUCGAAGACGCGUAUGCGAAGAUUCUGGGGUCGUGAUAACUAUGCGGCGGUUUUCAGAAGGCUUGAAAUAUAAUAGCGCAUUUUAGUAGAAGAUAUCAGGGCGAUCAGGACGCAGGUGUAUAGCAUAGCAUAGCCAGGCGUUUUGCGCAUUUUGUUUUCGAUGGCUGACUGAUGGUCUAGAUGGGACUGCUGUCGUGCACCUAUUUCAUUUUAUCCUUGUACUUCUCUUCUUCAUUCCCGUUUUUCCAUGGGCAUCAGUAUAUCAGCUGGCUUAUUAUAGAAUAUCUUCAGCUUGCUAGCCGUACUACCUGGCAAUACCAGUGUAUGAGAUCCUACACAAAAUACUAUGGCAACACCUACUAGGCCAUCUCCUACACGUUUAACUUUGAGCUAUCAUUGCCUGUGGGACUCAUUCUUUCACUCAUUGCUUCAAUUUGCAUAAGGUUGUGAUUCACACCAAGGCUGGACAGCAUAUUUCAAGGCAAUGGAAAACCAAUCAUAACCUCGAGUACAUGGCCCCUGAGCACCCGGGCUGACUCAUAGGACA